GCCGGGCUAUGGGGCCGCGUGUGCUGCCGCCGCGGCUCCUGCUGCUGCCGGCGCUGCUGCUGCCGGCGCUGCUGUGCGGAGCCGAGGGUGCCGCGCCCCCGUCGCUGCGCCGCACGCAGGCCACGCUCUUGCCGCAGCCCGCCGUGACGAACGGGAGCCAGCCGGGGGCGCCGCACAACAGCACACACCCUUGGCCGCUGGGCUCGCCGGACUCGCCGCUUCUGCGUUCCCUCUACGUGGUCACGGGCCUCAUCUUCUUGGCCGUGCUCUACUUCCUCAUCCGGGCAUUCAGAUUGAAAAAGCCGCAGCGGAGGAGGUACGGGCUCCUGGCCAACACCGAGGACCUGACUGAGAUGGCAUCGCUGGACAGCGACGAGGAGACGGUCUUUGAAACAAGGAACCUGAGAUGAUGUACAGGUCGGGAAGGCAGCAUUUCCAGCGGCCCUGUGGGAAGGACAAGAGACAGGGCCCCUCCCAGUGCUUGGAACGCCCUGCUGAUUCUCCUGCCACCAAAGAGCUUGUGCGGGGCCUGCCCGGCCUUCCAGAAGCCGCCUCAGCCCUGCCCCCGGACAAGACCGCCCAGGAUACCGGCUGGAAGCCAGAGGGGCCCCGGCAGCAGCACGCAGAACUCUGAGGUCCCCUGGCCACGUUGUGACUUGUGCUGAUCACCCUUCCUGGUGGGGAUGCGUCAGCCCCAAGCUGAGGCCUGGUAGGCGGGUGGGCUGGGGGGCCUGUCUGGGAGCACCAUAUGCCUGGGCUGAGGACAAUAAAGGCAGCCAGUGGUUCUGUA